AAUGCCUAUGGAACCCAGUCGGCGAUCCGGACAGAAAUCAACCCAAAUGACCAUUUCUAGUUAAAAUACGGACAUCAGCAAGGAAGACAUGGGUCUCGGAUUGGACAGAUGAGGUACGGUUUUGCCAUUCAGACAGCGCAGAAUGCUCACAAGCUGCCACGUUUACCUAAAUUGACGGUCCUCGAAUCAUGAAUGACGCAAUGCUGCCACUUGGUCCAUCAUGGGUUCUAUUUGCCUGAAGCUUCACGUAUCCCCUGCCUGCACAUAUAAAUACCAUAGAGUACUUAUUCUCUCCCCGAUGAAUUUCCUUGAUAUAUGGCAUCUGUAGGACCUAGUAUAUCAUCGUCAUUACUUGCUCUCAUUGCUCUUCUACAGCACACGCCAGACCAGCGCGUGGUCGAUCAAGGAGUCCUCGACAACGAUAUUUAUCGUGUCUUCGUCAACCCAUCCAGUAGUCUUCCCUGCGCCAACGACAUCAUGUCUCCUUCAAAGCUAGUACGGAGCUCAACGAUAUGUCCCAACUAUGGGUUCACAGCGCCCCAUUUGACUAUAGUGUCAAACCCCAACCAUCCUGCUGAGCCCACUUUUCCUGGCGCACCCUCCCGGGCCUUGGCCAUACCACAACCACAAAGUGUUUACCCAGUCUUCUAUCCUACCAAUAUGUUUACAUCUGUCUCCAAUCAUGGCGCCUCGCAAAACCUGCCAUCCUUUCACAAUACCCAGUACUACAACCCUGUGUUAGGAGGCACCAUCGUAAGGCGCUCUAGUCCUUCUGCAAUGGGAAGUGACUACUCGUCUUCAUACACAUUGCAAAUGCCAUAUCCAGAUGUUUGCCUUUCUCGUCCCACUUUUCCCUCGGAAUACACCAACCAUGAUACGCCUUUUGUCUUUGACCCUGAAAUGUCUACCUCUCAUUUCUCGGGGUACAACGAGUUGUUGUAUCAAUGGCAGAAUUCUAUCAUCCCCCAGCCACGCCCUCCGAGUGGGCCAUCCACGCCUGUGAUACUUCCGCCUUUGGCUGCGGAAUUUUCGCAAAUUAAUUUUACAUCGCAGCCCUGUGCAAGUCACGGUAGAAAUGCAUCUUACCCUUCAGAUCAGCCACCCAUCAACCAGCCAUAUCCCAUCACGCUUCAUAGCCAUCCCUCAUCUCCCCUCCUUCUCUCCUGCCGAUGGCUACAGGAUGACACACUUUGCGUAUUUACAGGGACACUGGAGGCGUUAAAGGCACAUUGUAAGACUAGUCAUUUUGCGGGACCCCCAAAUGCGCAGAUUGAAUGCCGCUGGGAAGCCUGUGGUUAUCAUAAGCGUGAUUGCCCCACAGUUCAUGCCAUGCGACGUGACUGCAUGUGGCGUCAUACUUCUGAAGUCCACUUGGGGAUGAAGAGAGGUACCUAGUAGGCGAGCCUUCUUCCUCUUGCACAUUUGCGUUCCUUGUGUUGCGCCGCCGCUUAUGUCACUCGAUCUCGUCGAUCGUUCGUGAUGGAUCCACUUUGUCUCUCAUUUCAUAGCUUCUCACAUUUGCUGUCAUUACUAGCCUGUAAAAAAGUCAUAGUGAACGGGAUAAAAAAAUAA